UGUCUGGUUUUUUAGAAUAAAUAAAAAAUGGGUCUCUAGAUUUCAGAUUUCUGGGAUCUGGAUGUUUGAUUAGUCUCUUCCAUUAUUAGUAGAGAAAGCUCACUCCUUUCACUCAAAGUUACUACCUUUUUGUUUUCCUGAAAAUGGGUUUUGUUUAAAAUCUCCCACUUUGAGAUUUGGGUGUUUAUUUGGGGAUCCUUACCGCAUUUAGAGAUUUCAACUAGGUUUUUCGAUUUCUCUACUUGUCAGAGGCUAAAGAUGGCUCCAAGGUUGGAUUUUUCAGAUUGGUGGGCGAAGGACACGAGGAAAGGAACACCAGUUGUGGUGAAAAUGGAGAAUCCUAAUUACUCUGUUGUUGAAAUCGACGGUCCAGAUUCAGCUUUUAGACCUGUGGAGAAGAGCAGAGGCAAGAACGCUAAGCAAGUCACUUGGGUUUUGCUUCUCAAAGCUCAUAGAGCUGUUGGAUGUCUCACUUGGCUCGCCACUGUCUUUUGGUCUCUCCUUGGUGCCAUCAAGAAACGGCUUAGUUUCACUCACCCACUUGGCUCUGAGAAAUUAGGCAGAGACAGAUGGCUUUUCACUGCCAUCAAGCUCUUCUUAGCUGUUUCCUUACUGAUUCUCGGGUUUGAGAUUGUUGCUUAUUUUAGAGGAUGGCAUUACUUUCAAAGUCCUAACCUUCACAUCCCCACUAGCACACUUGAGAUCCAGAGCCUGCUUCAUCUUGUGUAUGUUGGUUGGUUAACCCUUAGAGCUGAUUAUAUCGCUCCUCCUAUCAAAGCUCUCUCCACGUUUUGUAUUGUGCUGUUCCUUAUACAGUCCGUAGAUCGUUUGAUACUUUGCUUGGGUUGUUUUUGGAUCAAGUAUAAGAAAAUUAAGCCGAGAUUUGAUGAGGAACCGUUCCGUAAUGAUGAUGCUGAGGGAUCUGGAUUUGAGUAUCCAAUGGUUCUUGUUCAGAUACCAAUGUGCAAUGAGAGAGAGGUGUAUGAGCAAUCUAUAUCUGCUGUGUGUCAACUUGACUGGCCGAAAGAUCGAAUACUGGUUCAGGUUCUCGAUGAUUCGAACGAUGAAAGCAUCCAACAGUUAAUUAAAGCUGAGGUUGCCAAAUGGAGCCAAAAGGGAGUCAACAUAAUCUACAGGCAUCGCUUGGUUAGAACUGGGUAUAAAGCUGGUAACCUCAAGUCAGCAAUGAGCUGUGAUUACGUGGAAGCAUACGAGUAUGUUGCAAUAUUUGAUGCCGAUUUCCAACCUACUCCGGAUUUCCUUAAACUAACAGUUCCACAUUUCAAGGAUAACCCAGAGUUGGGUCUAGUUCAAGCUAGAUGGACAUUUGUGAACAAAGACGAGAACUUGUUGACCCGUCUUCAGAACAUCAAUCUGUGUUUUCACUUUGAGGUGGAGCAGCAAGUGAACGGCGUGUUCUUGAACUUCUUUGGUUUCAAUGGAACAGCUGGAGUUUGGAGAAUUAAAGCCCUCGAGGAAUCUGGUGGUUGGCUUGAAAGGACCACUGUGGAGGAUAUGGACAUAGCAGUCCGCGCUCAUCUUCAUGGAUGGAAGUUCAUAUAUCUUAAUGAUGUCAAGGUCCUUUGCGAAGUUCCUGAGUCCUACGAAGCAUAUAAGAAGCAGCAACACCGUUGGCAUUCGGGACCUAUGCAGCUUUUCCGCUUGUGUCUUGGUUCAAUCUUGACCUCUAAGAUAGCGAUAUGGAAGAAGGCGAAUCUGAUACUUCUCUUCUUUCUUCUUAGGAAACUCAUACUUCCUUUCUACUCCUUCACGUUGUUCUGCAUAAUCCUUCCACUCACCAUGUUUGUUCCAGAAGCUGAGCUCCCUGUUUGGGUCAUCUGCUACAUACCGGUUUUCAUGUCUUUCCUCAACCUUCUUCCAUCUCCAAAAUCGUUUCCUUUCAUUGUUCCUUAUCUCUUGUUCGAGAACACAAUGUCUGUCACCAAGUUCAACGCGAUGGUGUCUGGAUUAUUCCAAUUGGGUAGCUCUUACGAGUGGAUUGUCACAAAGAAAGCUGGAAGAUCAUCCGAGUCAGAUCUUUUAUCUAUCACCGAGAAAGAGACACCAAACAAGAAAAGUCAAUUGCUUAGGGGAGUUUCCGACAGCGAGCUUUUGGAGCUGAACCAACUUGAAGAACAGAAACAUGCGGUUUCAAAGAAACCCGUCAAGAAAACCAACAAGAUAUACCACAAAGAGCUCGCAUUGGCCUUUCUUUUGCUCACUGCAGCGCUUAGGAGUCUCUUGGCAGCUCAAGGAGUGCAUUUCUACUUCCUGUUAUUCCAAGGUGUCACCUUUCUUCUUGUGGGCCUCGAUCUCAUAGGCGAGCAGAUGAGCUGAGAAAACCUGAAAGAAGCUUCAUAACACGGGUCAAUAAAUCAGUGAGUCUGAU